AUGUAUAUUUCAGUUUAUACGCUGUGCCUGCUGUAGUGGUAAUCGUGUUAACUGCACUCAUCAACUUUGUAUAUUUAAUGGGAGGUCACGGUUACUUUUUUGUCCAACGCAACUAUAUAGGUUCCAAUCCCAUAUUUAUUGGAGUAACAGGUGGACUUAUCUUGGCAAGAACUUUGCUGGGGCUAUCCAUCAUGAUUGCAGUUAUUGUGUACAAGUUUCGCAGGAGACAUUUGUCUGCAGAUGAUACAAUUGAAGAGUUCCUUCAAAAACAGAACAACUUCAUGCCUAUUAAGUACUCCUAUUCUAAAAUAAAGAAAAUGACUAGAGGUUUCAAAGAUAAAUUAGGUGAGGGAGGUUAUGGUUCGGUUUUCAAAGAAAAGCUUCGAAGUGGUAAUUUAGUGGUAGUAAAAUUAUUGAACAAAUCAAAAGCUAAUGGCCAAGAUUUUAUCAAUGAAGUUGCUACCAUUGGAAGGGUUCAUCAUGUUAAUGUGGUGCAACUGAUCGGAUUUUGUGUGGAGGGAUCUAAACGAGCUCUUGUAUAUGAUUUCAUGCCAAAUGGAUCCUUGGAUAAAAUCAUAUUUUCUAGUGAAAACAACACAUCUUUAACCUGUCAAAGAAUGUUUGAAAUUGCUCUUGGAGUGGCUAGGGGGAUUGAAUACUUACAUCGAGGAUGCGAAAUGCAGAUUCUACAUUUUGAUAUCAAGCCACACAACAUCCUUUUAGAUGAGAACUUUAAUUCAAAAGUUUUAGAUUUUGGCCUUGCAAAAUUGUAUUCGACAGAUGACAGUAUUGUAUCUCUUACUGGAGUAAGAGGUACUCUAGGAUACAUGGCUCCAGAAUUAUUCUACAAGAAUAUUGGAGGGGUCUCAUACAAAGCUGAUGUCUAUAGCUUUGGAAUGUUGUUGAUGGAAAUGGUAGGAAGGAGAAGGAACAUAAAUGCAUAUGCUGAUCAAUCAAGUCAGAUAUACUUCCCAAAAUGGAUUUCUGAACGUUUUGAUCAAGGAAAGGAUAUAGAGUUGGGAGAUGUUACUGAUGUUGAAAAGAAUGUUCUGAUGAAGAUGGCCAUAGUUGCCUUGUGGUGCAUACAAAUGAAACCUGCCAUUCGUCCUUCCAUGACCAAAGUCUUGGAGAUGCUUGAAAGUGAAAUUGAGCUCCUUGAAAUGCCUCCUAAGCCUACUUUUGUUCGUUCCGAAUCACCAGCUCCAAAUCAUGGCAGUAAAUGCACAUUCACAGCUAGUAGCAUUGAGUAUUAUGUCAUAGUCCUUGAAAAUCGAUCCCAAAACGGCUGUCGAGCCCAAGGCUCCAUUCUCGGCGAAACCUUAACCAGAUCUGGUUUCCCCUUCUCCCUUUCCCGUUCGCUUGCCGACCAAACGGUCCCAGUUCUCGGACAACCUCACAUCAGACAAAGCGCAGCCCUCCCACCCUUUGCUUUUGUUGAAGAGAGAGUAAUGCUUGUCGGUAGAGGGAUGGGUCAACUUUGUGCCGUCCAAUCAACGGUGAAGAAAACAGCGGAGCAAUCAAAGGGCUAAAAAGAGGAGAGAAUAAGCAAUCUGAGGGAAGUCUUAGGUUUUUUUCAAAGUUUUUGGAUAAAUAGAGAGGGAGAAUCGGAGAGAAGGGGACGGACGGAAAAAAAAAAUCGAGCCGAGAAAAAAAAGGAGGAGAUCCCAGAGCCUUGGGUGCUGGCGGAAGGAGGAAUUUCUUGAGUGCCUUAUUGCUUGUAAUCUGAUCUUUGAGGGAUGUUGGCACUUGUCUGCGCUCCAUCUACAUGGCCAAAGGGAUUUGGUGGCAUUGUCAAACUGUCUGCUUCUCCUUCCAACAUAUGAACCACUGAUUUCAUUGAUGGUCGGUCUGUUGGGCCACUGGAUGCACCAAA